CAACACGAAAAAGGCAGAGCUAGACAAGAUUAUAACAUUAUAUUAUCUUCUAAUAUUAUACUGUCAUCCUGAGAAUUAAAAGUGAAUUUAGAACUAGGAGACCAAUUUUUGAGCUCGCAUUAAUCUAAAACGGCGUGCUUCAAAAAGUAUCCGAAAACGUUCCAACCCAUUCCCGGAACACAACUCAAAAAUUGUUGCGAAACACUUCGGAACGGGUUCUUCAGGAUGCCAGAAACCAGUCGUUUCGACUGCCAACAGUGUGAUUUGGCAAACAACAUCGAUGACAUGGUGCAAUGCGAGGGUUGCAACAAGUGGUCACAUUACGGAUGUGUAGGAUUUGAUGACGGUAAGAAGGAGGACCACUGGAAGUGCCGGGAGUGUGUCACUAAACCCACUUCCAAUAACGACAAAGAGGUCCCGAGUAAGCAAGGUGAAAGUGCUCAAGAAGAAACAAGCGGCUCUACCGGAGGUCCAGAUGCGGUUGGGGAACAUGUACGACUUAACCUCAAACUUCUGGAUGAAAGGAAGGCUUUUCUUCUGAGGGAAAUUGAAUUGCAACACACAACCCAAUUAGAACAACGAAAGCUGCAGCUAGAGAAGGAGAUGUGGAAUGCGAGAUAUGAAAUUCUGAAUGCGAGAUGCGAAGGGAACAGCAGUGUAUUUGGAACCGGUGGUCUUAGUGACGGGGCCAAUCAAUCGAAUCUGAUUGCUGUCAGCCAGAUCCAGCAAAUUCCAGCGCCGGCUAGUACAGUAAUGGUUCCAACGGUUAACCACCGAACAAUACCGCAGUUCCCCAUCGCCGAAACAGCACCAAUAGUCUUCCAACCAGCUCCGUCACUACCAACCGCUGUGUCGUUCUUCGGAGGCGAAUCAAGAACAUUUCCGCAACCAAUUCCACCCGUCACAACAUUGCAAUCGAACGUGCAGCAAGGCCAACCAAGUACGAACACAAUGGGACAAGCCACCAGUUUCAUGCACGAGUUCCAACCUGGAGAAGGAGCAAAUCGUCCUGGAUCUUCGACGCCGAUAACUACAACUAAUUGGGUCAACACAGGAAUCACCAGCUCCACCCAGUGCCUACCGCCGACCAUCAGUUCGGUGGGGCGAUUCGGAAGCCUGCCGCUGCAGUCGAGUAAUGUUAGCCAUCCGUACCAGGUAACAAAUAGCAUAAGUAAAAUUGUACCAGUAGGCCAGGUAGUUUAUUCGCAAUAUGAUAACCGCGGCGUAGGGCCAGUUCAUCCUCAAGCAAAUACAAUACACGCACAAUCCUCCUACACCCCGAUCUCCCUUCCAUCGACUUUUCAACAACCCGAUCAAUAUAUUCCGCGUUCAAUACAUGGUGCUCAUGGUGCACCUGCCUUUGCAAUUUGA